CAACAAGAUGAGGUACUGUCACUGUGAAGUCUGUGCUUAUUUGUUCCUGCUAUGGCUUCCCUCAACAUUACUCUCCCGCCAUCCACACCAAUUUCAUUUUCUCUCUCCUCCCUCUCUGAAUUCCAUGGCCGACGACUCCCUCAUUCUUCUACACCCCCGUGUUCUCUUCCCAACUUACCACACGGCAAAAUCCAUUUUUCACACGGGCGAAGGAAACUCAUAACACCCAAAAUCAGCUGCAGUUUCUCUUUGAUUCCGUCCACUUCUGGGGUUCCAGUUGUGGAAGAUGAUGAUAGCGUGUUCAUAGUUGUUAACUUCUAUCACUUUGUUUUCAUCGAAGAUCCUGAAUUGGAUGUUUCCAAGCAUUUAUCUGUUUUGGAGGAGCUUGAUAUACAUGGGCGGAUAUAUAUCAAUGAACAAGGUAUUAAUGCACAGUUUAGUGGACCAUCGAAAGAUGCUAUGUCGUACGUGAAAUGGCUAAGAGAUGACCAAAGAUUCAAUGAUAUUCUGGUCCAAAUUUCUCCUUCUUCAAGUGGACAUGCAUUUCCAAGAUUGAAGAUGCGUUAUAAGCCUUCGUUGGUGCAGUUUGAUUUAGGAGCUCAAGAUCUUCCGCUCCUUGAUCCUUCUAUGCGUGCAGAGCCUCUAUCACCAGUUGAAUGGAGGGCAAGGUUAAAGUCACUAGAUAGCAGUCAAGACACAACAAAUGAGAAUCACAAGAGUUGUAUUUUAUUGGACGUGAGAAAUGGUUAUGAAUGGGAUAUUGGUCACUUCCAGGGGGCUCAACGUCCUGAGGUUGACUGCUUUAGAACUACUUCAUUUGGGCUAUCAGAUCUACAGGUGACUGAUUCAGACCCUUUAGUGAACGUAGAUAAAGAUAAAACAGACAUUUUAAUGUAUUGUACUGGAGGAAUUCGCUGUGAUGUAUAUUCUACCAUCCUCAGACAAAAGGGUUUCAAGAACCUCUACACUUUGAAGGGUGGUGUUUCAAAUUAUCUCAAGAAGGAAGGUCCAGAGAAAUGGAUAGGUAAUUUGUUUGUAUUUGAUUCCCGUCUAUCUCUCCCACCAGCCACUUUCAACCCUGGAGCCACGACCUCAAGCGGAAGUCAGAAAGCUCUGGAUAACAGCAAAUUUGCUAGAUGUUAUAUAUGCAAUUCACAAGUUCAUCAACUACGACAUCGGAAUUGUGCCAACCUCGACUGCAACCUCCUUUACUUAUGCUGCACAGGUUGUGUGGAAGAAUUGAGAGGGUGCUGCUGUCCAGAUUGUAAAACUGCUCCACGGCUGAGACCUAUUCUGUUCGGAAGUGGAAGGUAUCAAAAAUGGCAUCUGUAUCGAGACAGUAAGGUUAGAUCAGAGAUAUCUUAGUUUAAAUUAGGCAGCACUAACUAACUUCCCUUCAUUUUAUCAUCUUUUAUUUUGGUAUCUUGCAGACUGGAAAUUUGAAAAGGUACAACCUGAUUUAUGCAUUUUGUAUAUAGUUCCGAUGUGAAUGAAAUUACAACUUUGGGAUUC